GGACUUGAUGCAGCUUUAGAAGAGACCAAGCCGGCUGAGAUGAAGGAUAGUGAUUGGAGUACUAUCCAAAAGAAGGCAGCAAGUCAAAUUCGGCUAGCGCUUGCACCGGAGGUGAAAUACAACGUCCUUUCAGAGACUACUCCAAUAGGCAUGUGGAAGAAGCUUGAAGAGAUAUAUGCUUCAAAAUCUUUAACCAAUCAACUAUGUUUAAAAAUGGAGCUAUAUCAAUUGAAGAUGGCAGAAGGCACAAAUAUUCAUAAGCACUUAUCUGAUUUCAACAUGAUGGUGACACAAGUAGUGAAUGCCGGGGACAUUCUAGAAGAAGAGGAGAAGGCCUUGCUUUUACUUACAUCCUUGCCAAAGUCUUACAAGUCCCUAGUGCAGAGUAUGCUAGUGGGUAAGACUACUUUGGUGAUGAAAUAUGUGACAUCCAUGUUGUUGGAGAAUGAUAAGUUUCUUGGGGAGGAUGAUGGUGCCAAUCAAACUAAUGCUUUGGUGAUGGAGCACUCUCGGGGAAGAUCCAAUGGACGUGGAGGUGGAGGAAAUCGAGAAAGGUCGAAAUCCAGACCUAAGAAGGAUUAUGGUGAAGUGCAGUAUUUUUAUUGUGGUAAAUUGGGUCACAAACAGUAUAAAUGCCCAAAGUUUAAGGAGGACUUUUCUAAUAUGAAAAUAUUGAUGAAAAGUCAAGAAACCAAGGGCAAGGGGGAGGCUAAUAUUGUUGAAGAAAAUGUGGUUGAAGUAUUAGCCUGUGAAGAGUGUGAUCUUGAGGUGGAGCAAAACAAUCAAAGAUGGAUUUUGGACUCCGCUGCAACCAUGCAUGUGUGCAAUAAUCCUUCGGAAUUUGGGAGUUUGGUUCGGGGGGAGCUUGGCAAAAUAACGGUGGCUACCAGCGAGAAGGUGAAUAUUGAAGGCAUAGGAGAUGUUUGUCUCAAUGUUCACAAUGGGAGAGCCAAGAUUCUCAAGAAUGUGAGAUAUGUGCCCAAGUGUUCAAGCAACAUUAUUACUUUGAGUGAGUUGACAACACGAGGGUGCAAGUAUGUCAGAAAACAAGAAUGGUGCAAGGUCUACAAAGGUGGAAGACUUGUCUUGCAUGGGAGGAAGAACAAGCACAACAUCUAUGUGCUUGAGCAACAUCCCCAGAGAAGGCUCAACAAAACCAUGAGGAAGAUGGUGUGGAAGCCUAAAGGGAUCUUGGUAGAUGGCAAGGAAAUUAAGAAGACCAAGAAGAAGGUGAGCUUCAACAAUGAAGUGGUGUUUGGUGAUGGUUCGAGGAGGUGUGAUUUUCCCUCGAAUCAUAUCUUGGUUCAAAAUUAAUUUCUGUAGUGCAUUUAGUGUAGGUUUGUCCUAUCCUAUACUAGGAGGAAACUCUCAAAAAUAGGACACCAUGAUGAAGUGUUCUUGAGCAGAGGGAGCAAAAUUAUGGAAUGUUGAAAUGUAUGGAGUCAUGGUUGGUUUCUCCUCCCAUAGGGUUGGAGGGGGAGAUUGUUGGAAGAAAGUCCAACCCCAUGU